ACCAAGGAUAAGAAAGCCGUCGAAAUGUGAAAAAACCAGACAGCCUAAGCUGGCUCAUGCUUCCCUCACACGAACCGUAUUGCAUCGUCCGCCAAAAACAUGGACGAUGCGGUUCCUGAUGAAGGAAUUCAUGUAUCCUUGUUGAGAGUAACCGAGACAUAAUAGUACUAGUAGGCUGCCAUUACACGUUGACAUUGCUGCACUGCUAUCUAUUCUCUCAUUUUUAUCAGGUGACUUCGUUCUACAACUGGUAACAUGUCGGCCUCUGAGAGCAACGACAACAACAAUUCUGCACGUACCACCAAUGACACUUCUGCUACCGGUAGUAGAAUGAACGGCAGUACAGGGCCCAGUUCAUCAUUUUCGCGUCUUCUCGACACAAACACCUCCACAAACAGGGGACUGAGGCGACGUGGUUCGCUCUUUGAUGAUCUUUCUUUGCGACAAAACAACGGCAAUGACGAGGCGUCCUCUUUUUCGCUGUCUUCUAUGCCACAGCACUCGUCUUCCGCUGGUCCCUGGCAGAAACGGAAGCGAAAGAAUCUAGAAUCCAAGAAGCGUCGUAGGGAAUCUGCCUACAUGGAUGACGAGGAAGAAUCAACAACGCUGUCAUCGUCGCGGUCGCUAUUCACUGCAUCCGCAAUGAAUGCUGCUGCCAACACACAAGAUGAAAUAAUGACCAACCAUUCGGCUGCUACUAUUCCUGCUGAAGACACACUUUGCAAUACUACAUGUACAACUGUAAACCACUCUUCCACUCCCAAAGCAUCUGGCCGGACGUCACUUUUCGGGUCAGUGAUGCAACAAGUGGGUGGUCACAUGAACAGUUCCACACCAUUGAAGAGCACAACUACAAAUAAUGCAAUGGCCACCACUACUCCUCUUGCUCGAAAGGGAUCUUUGUUUUCUCCUUCCAAUAGAUCCAAAGAAUCAUUUGGUACUCCGGGAGGAUUCCAAUUGCUGGAUUUUGUCAACAAUUUUGGAAGUCCCUUUAGCAACAACAACCCAUCGCCUGAGAAGAGCAAGAGUCCAUCCUCUCACAGCAGCAACCAUAUUGACUGGCACAAUGCGUCAUUGGACCAUGGAGUCAUGGAUUGGUCACUUCCAGAUUCAAUACGCUUCGACUUUCAUCCGGGGUAUAUUGUGAAUCCAAUACUCCAAACCAACGUUGGGUCUGGCCCCGGUCUGUUGAAAUUCCUACAGCCAUUAACAAGCGUUACCAAUGCCAGCAAUGACGGUCUUGCACAGUGGGAAGCAGGGUUGCUGUAUUGGCAGCAUCCUGCCGUCUAUCCAUCACCAUUCGUCUCCGACGAGUCAGCAUUGAAAUCUAAAAUGAUGACAGACGCAAACAAAAAGAAAGAAGGUACAACAACCGCGGAAGGUGACAAGAUACUACGGCAAAAGCAAUUGUCCAAACACGGCAAAAAGAAAAGAAGGGCAACCCUGGAUCUAGCAGACACCAAACCUAUUGCGGAGACGAGCAACUUUGCCGUCCCGGUCCAGACCAAGUCCUCACUGUCGACGUUGCAGCGCCAGAAAGCCCUCUUUACUCGACAACGAAGACUGGAUUGGCAGCAAUCGUUUGCGUCUUUGUAUCGGAAAUGGAUUUCUCAACUGCGGAAGGUUGAAGAAGACCGCGUCGACUAUUCCUAUUUCUAUUCUCGUGGCACGGACCAUUCAGUUCUGUUUCGGGGAGUGUACAAAUCUGGACACAUCUUGCCAGAAAUCGUUUUCACGUCAUCCUCUCGGAUGUUUCGGAGGUGGUUGCAUCAAUCUGGAGUCGAAGCGAUUCGACUUGCGGAAGAAUGGAGAGGGCACUGUCGGGGAACAGUGUUCACCGAGGCAAUCAUUCGGCAACAAAAGCUUCCUUUGAAGGAAAAGGCACAUGCGGGUACUAGCAAAACCAAGUCACACGAUUCUCAAGGGAUACUCCCAGACAAGAUACUCAAAGAGAACAACCCUCAAUCAACUGAUACACCCAGCAACUCAAACUGCGGUAACGGCUCCAAAUCGAACCUUUCGGCGCCCACACCCUCAAAAACUACGUCCCCAUCGGAUUCGUCAACCAGCCCAUGUGUCAAAGCAGAGCUGGCAGCUCUUCGCCGGGCUCAAGUAUUUGGUGAAACCGUAGGAGCAGAUGUGUCAAUUUCUAUCAAACCGAAAGCUAUUGCUGGGCCAAAGGUGUCACUGGGGUCUCUGCCCCCUCUUGUUGUGACUGGCUGGGACGACUGUGCCGCCUUUUUUGAAGUCUACCUGAAUCUGGGGACAACGUGUUGCAUUUCAUCUCUGAGAGAUGCGGGUGGUGGCAAAGCCGACGGGGCUGUAGAUGAUGCAAAAGGAUCAUCAUCGUCAACAACAGCAAAGGCAGACAACGUGCCCUCACAGAAUAUGGAAUCGAUCCAACGGCUGGACUGGCAGGGACAACAUGAUGUACCAGUGUUGAUUUGCCGGGGUCUUGGUCCCUUUGCCAAUGCGACAAUGAAAACACUCACCACCAGCGGUGCACCCCAUUUUGGUCAGAACCAAGAAGGUGAGGGCGACCAAAACACUCACGAAUAUGCAUCUUUGGAGAUUCAGGGUGGUCCAAUUUUGCCGUGUGCCAUCAUGGAGCUUUUGCAAGGUUUGGCUCAGCUUAUGCUAACUGAUCACAAGCGGAACCCACCCAAGGACGCCGAGAUGAGCCACGAUGGAGAUGCCCUGGUAAGUUCGCAUAGUCUGAUUCUCCGUGCAGUUCCAGGCGCAGCGAAAAAGCAGGCAGAAGAGUUGGCCCAAAAGCAUGCUAUUGUUGGGGGAGCCGGCUCCCAGAACCUGAACAACCGCCAUCCCAAGGGUAACUUGGAAGGGGAUGGAGAAAAAAGGCCUAGCCAGAUUCCAAGUGGGCUGGUUCUAGGGACCUCGGUUUGGGAUAUCCUUCACCCCGGCGCCAUUGCGUACAAACUAGAACCCGUGGAUAUAGGUGCCAGCCAGCUGCUGUUGAACUAGCUAGCUAUUAAUAGAAAUGCAUGGGAUGUUGCUACAUGUACAGUUACUAGUUUCUCCCCUCGAGCUCUUGCAGGUCUCUUCGACAGCCAAUGACACAGAUCUGCAUACUGUAGAAAA